GUGUCUGAGCGCCCGUCGACCAUCUCCCCGACGCUGACGGCCAGCGCGCGCGCCGAGAAGGAGCAGAUCGAGGUGGAGCUGAUCGAGGAGGCGCAGAAGAGCUUCUUCGAGACCGUGUACAAGGAGAAGGCGGCACGCCAGGAGUGCCAGCAGCGGCAGAUGAGCGAGAAGGGGGUGGAGGCGCAGCUGGACAGCGUCGACUUCCAGGCGCCCGACCUCAGCGCCGACUCGCCCGGCCCGCAGGAUGCCGCUGGCGCUAACCUGGCCAGCUCGGCCGCCAGGCAGGGCUCGGUUGGCUCAGUCGCCGCCAAAUCCUCGUCCACCGCCGCCGCCAAGGCGUCAUCCACAAUGGCCGCCAAGGCCUCAUCCACCAUGGCCGCCAAAACCUCGUCUACCAUGGCCGCCAAAACCUCGUCCACUAUGGCCGCCAAAACCUCGUCCACCAUGGCCGCUAAGCUCUCGUCCACGGUGGCGGCCAAGAUCUCGUCGGUCAUGGCCGCGAAAACGUCAUCCACCGCCACUGCGCACGACUCAGCCGGCUCGUCGAGCAUGGUGACGGCGGCCGGCGACGACGAGUCGGGCCUGGCGCCGGUCAUGUCCGUGGCAGACCAGAUCGCCGACGUGGUGGACGGCCUGGAGGCGGCCGUCGACGACCUGCUGGACCCGAGCCGCGAGGAGACCGAGGCCACGUCCCCCGAGGACACGGCCGACCAGACCACCGACUCGUGA